AUGAAUCCAUCCAAAGACUAUGUUCAAAUUAUUCUUGCAACAAGGAAACUCAACAAGCAUAAAAGAAGCUCGAGUCAGAGCUUACGUGACCACGACCGUAUUCUAAAGCGUCUUCAAUCGAAUUCAAUCAUGCCUGAUUAUGUAUGCGCAUACUUGGAGAAAACUCUUAAAAAGCAUGUAACAUUGGCAUCCUUGCUAUCUAUUGCCAGACCAAUAGUCAAUGACCUGAACUUAAAAAUGGAUCGCCUUGCAAAGCGCAAUAGGGAUGCUCUUUUGUGCUGGUUUGCCGAAAAUUGGGAUUAUAUCUAUCCAUAUAUAUCUAUGAAUGAUUAUAGAUAUGAUAAUUGCUUGCAAAAUGGAGAUUCCGAUACGAUUCAGGAGAAAGAACUCAGAACUGAAGAGGUAAGUCUAUCUCAUUCCUUUAAUCCAUUGGAUGUAACCUCAUUGCUCAAUGUUCAUUAA